AUGAGCUCGAGGUACAUUAUUCUGGUUCAACUCCUUGUGGUUCUACAUCUAUUGAGAGGAAUCGAGUCCAAGUUCGAGUUUACAAACAUCAAAUGCAAUUCCCUGGAUAAGGAAUUCGAUGAUUUUGAGUAUUGCUAUCUUAAGUCGGUGAAUCGAAGCUACAAGUACUUGUCGCUGAAAGUGAAUUUGUAUAAAAUUCCCAUCACUAAAGUUAAUUUUUCCCUGCUCAAGCGAUUCAGCGGCUACAAACCAUUCCUCUAUAAUUUUACUGUGGAUGCUUGCAAAUUCCUAAGCAACCGAAAGUCAAACCCCGUCGUUACUUACUUUCAUGAUCUGUUCAGGGCCCACUCCAAUAUGAAUCAUACAUGCCCCUUCGAUCACGAUAUUGUGCUGGAUAAGCUUUCUACCAAGUUUGUUGAUCAGCAAUUCACAGAAGUUCUACCCUUUCCUCAUGGGGACUAUCAGCUGCACACCAGCUGGCAUGCCUACGGUAUAAAUCGAGCUGAGGUCGAUAUAUAUGGCACUCUUUCCCACAACUUUGAAAACUAA